GAAUUAAGUAUGAUAUAUUAAAUUACAAUAUUUACAAGAAUAAUAUUAUGAAAUUUUUUGAAAUUAUAUAUUGAAUACAGAAUAUUCUUUUUUUUUUGUUAAUUAACACAAAAAUGUUCAUAAUUAGUUUGAAAGAUAGAUAGAAUAGACUCUAGUAAUCCAUCUAUUCAUUAUAAAAAACAAAAUCGUAUAUAUUCAUAUCAAAGUUCACGACCAUAUAUUACUUUCGAGCUUAAUGACAUUCGUAAAUAUCAACGACAAGCAUUAUUGAAAUCACCAUAUGGUACCAUUCCACUUUAUAGAAGACAAGCAUGGGCAGCAGCUAAUCUAUUUCAUGAUCAUCCAUUACGUUUAUUACGUUAUAUGCAAAAUUCACUUCGAAUGCAAAUACAUCAUUUAUUAGGUUAUGAUCCAUCUGAUAUUUGUAAUAGAAAUAAGAAAAAGAAAAUUAAUAAAAAUUCAAAUAUUGAAAUAUUUAAUACAAGUCAAGAUAUAUCAAUUGUUGGUAAUAAUAAUAAAUUAUAUCGAGGUCGUAUUGAUUCAUGUCAAAUAAUUCCAUUAAAAACUACAAAAGAAAAAAAAUCAAAAAUCAAAAUAAAUGUUGAUGAAAAUAAUGAAAUUAUGAAAAUAAAUUUCGAUCAACUUGAUCAAACAAAUAAGACAAUAGCUGAUGAAUAUUUAUUUGAAUAUUUAGAUUGGCAAACACAAUUGAAUGAACAAGAUUUACCAGAUGAACUUUGUGAAGAAUUAUUUCAUCAUUGGAAAUCGAUUAUAUUUGAAGAUCAACCAUGUAUUUGUAAUUCAAAAUCAAAAUUAAAUCUAUUUCAAGAAAAAGUUAAUCAAGAAUAUAAUUUAAUUAAUACUCAAAUUGAUUCAUCAUCAACAUCAUCAUCAUCAUCAUUAAAAGAUAUUUAUGAUAAUCGAUGUAUUUGUAGUGUUUGUUCAUGUAAUUGUGAAAAAUAUGAAAAUAAUGAAUCGAUUUGUAUUUGUUCACAAUGUUCAUGUAAAUGUUUAAAAGAUUUUCAAAGUGAAAAUCAAGAUCAUAUUGAAGAUUUAUAUGAAAUUUCUGAACAAAAUAUUUCAUUUUUACAAACAGAUUAUAAUUUACAAGAUCAUUUAUUAACUAAUGAAAUACAUAUUAAUGAAGAAUUUCAAUUAAUUUCAACUGAUCAAAUAUCAAUUGUAGAACAAAAUCAAGAAAAUAAAAAAAAAGAUGAAAUAAUUAUAUCUGAUUGUUUUAUUAAUCGAAUUGAUCGAUGGACACAACAAUUUGAUCUUUUUCAAGAUACAUAUCAAUCAUCUUUACUAUCUGAAGGAGAUAAUUAUUUGAUAUUGAACGAUAGUUCUCAGUCUCAAAUACCAACUCCAAUUACUUUUCAAUAUAAUACAUCAUCUAAUCCACUUGAAUUAGAUGAUCCUAUACUUUUUCGACAACGAAUUCUUGAUCAUUAUCGACAACGUGAAUAA